CCCCCAUUCACACUCCCGGGCGUUUCGGCGGGGACGGAGAAGGGUGGGACAGCGGCCCAGGCCGGGGGGGGGACGCGGAGAGGGGAGUCCACCGGGGCGGGAGGCUGAGUCCCGCACAAAGGGCGGCGCGAGGCUGUCUGUCAUCCGGAGGUCACAGAAGGGAGGUUCGCGGCGCCCCGCACGCCCCGCUAGCCCGUGCCUAGCGUCGGUUCCCGGGCUGGGGAGGCGGCUUGGAUGAGCGGGGUGGCGAGGACGAGGAUGGCGAGGACGGCUGCCUCCGCGCUGGCGAUGGGAACGCGCCUUGGGGGGCGCGGCGUGGCAGUGUUUUCCUGGUCCCCACCUGCCCCUCCCCUUUCUUUGUGGCGUUUGUCUCGUGCCCGUUUGUCACUGUGUGCAUGGCUGUGGGCUGGGGUGAGACCUCUCGCCUCAGCUUACUCAUUAAUUAAAGUCAGGCGGUGGCCCCUAUCAGUGGGUGGGGGGCUUGUGUGCUUCCACAGGCCGGAGAAUUAAGGACCCGCCUUUGUUUCCAGAGACCUAAUUGUGUCGUGUGUGUGUAGUGUGUAGUGUGUGUGUGUGUCCGUCCUCCGUGUCCCCUAUGAAAUAAGAGAAUCAGAGAUGAAAAAGGGUAAGAAGAAAAAGAGAUAUUACUUCAACAGACCUUCACCCAAUUCUCUCUGCUAGUCUUUCAAACAAUAUUUUAUGUUUCUUACUAUAAAACCAGUGCGUUUUGCUAAUUGAAAAUGAAUGUUUUUAUAGGUUCAUUGAAAAUUAAUAUUCUCAUGUAUCUGUAUACCUAGAACGCUUUGCUUUCUGGGUUUAGGUAAUGGUAAUAUGCUCAUAUAUAUGUGUACGGGAAUGCUCCAGAACAUAUAGGAAAGUGCCUUCUGGGUUUAGUUCAUUGGUAAUAUGUCUAUUUACUCAUAUACACGUCUACAGAAAUACUCCAGUAUAUCUAGGACACUGUCUUCUUGGCUCCUCAGUAGAAGCAGAUUUUGUUUCUCCCUGUCUCCCUGUGUUAAGAAGGUGGUCCAGCAGGUUCUCUCCACCUCCUUGCUUUUUUCUUCUGAGUGCUUUGGCAAAGGGUUUUGUUGCAUAUUACCCUGGCAUGCGUCCUUGCUUUGAUCUGAAUUUUCCUGUGCUCUGUUGUCUGGUUGUGUGGCCCAGCUCAAUGGCUCCUCUUACAGGACUACUGGAAAACAGAACACCUUUUAUCCUUGUCCACAUCCCCAGAGAGAGAAGGAAGCUCUGCAGGUUCCCGCGGACUUUGGUUCCAUGGGUUGGACUGCCUGACUUUGCUGUCUUGGUAAAGUUAUGAAGAGUUACAGUUGCUGCAGACCAAUUAAAAGGAAGCAUUUGUAAUAGUACGAGUUAUUCUUUGGUCUUUCAUUUGGACCUUUCUCUCUUUUUAUACCAGAUUUUAUAAGUUUUAGAAUAUUGUUGGUUGCAUUUUCACUUUCUUUUUUACCCUUCUAAUUUUGCAGAGUGAUAGGAAAUUAGCUAAACUUGUAUAUAAGAAACACAUUUCCAAAAUAGAUUUUUAUUAUGGUCUUUUGAUUGAAAAUAGUGGUAGUAAAAAAAAUUAAGAGGAUCUUAUUGGGUGAUAAGAAUAAUUGAGUUGGUUCAGCUUUAAGAUUUCUUUAAGAUUAUUUUUUAAUCAUGUGUAUUUUAAUUCCUGGUAGUUUUUAGUGCAAAAUGAAAUCCAAACUAAGCAGUCUUCCACAGCAUCUGUUUAUGAAUAUUCCCUGUAUUAAAAACAUUUGCUUUUAAUUUGAAGGGGAAAUUUUCCAUUGGUUGGAUAGGGAUAUAUUAUUCUUGGUGAAAGUCUUAACAUUAGCAUUGUCAAAUUCUUUUUUUGUAAAAGUUAAAAUUAGUAAAGGUUGAUUUCCAAUUUGGAGAACUUUUGGUUUUUAUGAUGUAGAAUUUAAAUAAAAUUUUGAUAUCAAUGAACUUAACUCAAAAUAAGUUAACUUAAAAACAAGGGCUUCAUUAACUUCAUAAGCUAGUGUCACUAAUAUUGAAGCAAGCCCAAUAAUUUAUAACUGCCUGCAUGAGAUCUUUUUUAGGAAUUCCCUUAAAACAAACCAUAAGGGGAAGUCUUAGAUAAACAGAGUAGUAUAACCGGAAUUAUCAGUGAAACAGGCUUGCGUCGUACCAUAGUAUUGUGGAACUUUAUUUUGCAAGAGUGACUUAGCUAUUGUUUGUAUCAAGAAAGGAACUUAAAAACAUCCUGGCCUUUUUAUUCAACAUUCUGUUAAUCAAAAUCUUUACCAGCCCAUAGUUUAGCAUUUCUGUAGUAUGAUGUUUGAAGAAAAAUUCUGAAGUAAUUUCUCUAUCAUGAAAAUAGAUUAAAUUAUGCUAAAUGCCAUUUUAGUAGUAAAUAUAUUCUUUAUAUUAGCAGCACUAAUACUGUUAUGUCAAUCAUGGUGAUAGCAUGUAUGGUAACACUUUGUUACCCCAAACUGCGAUAUAUUAUUCCCCCAACAAUGUCUGAUAACAAAAAGUAGAGCUUUUUUUUCUAUUGAGCAUUUUCUAUCAGUAAUUGUUUUCUGUCUCAAAUGGCAGCUUACUCUAAAAGCAGUAAUAGGGCACCUGGGUGGCUCAGUCAGUUGAGCAUCUGCCUUUGGCUCAGGUCAUGAUCCCAGGGUUCUGGGAUGAGUCUGGUAUUGGGCUCCCUGCUCAGCGGGGAGUCUGCUUCUUCCUCUGCCCCCUCCCCUGCUCCUGCUGGCGCGCUCAUAAGCGCGCGCUCUCUCUUUCACGCGCGCAAAAAUAAAUAAAUCUUUUAAAAAAUAAAACCAGUAAUAAAGUAAUGUUAUGAUGCAUUAACUUAUAUGAAAUUGCCAUUUUUUAGAUUGGGGAGUAGUAAAAAAUCAGCAGUUUCAGAAUGUUGAACUGCUUUCAACUCUUAGCAGUUCCUUCUGAUAUUUACCUUUAUAUUUAUUUCGUUCUUAAUGUUUAAACUUAUUUCUUGAUUUCCCAUCUUUGGACAUCAUCUAUGGACUUCUAUUUUGGAAGUUGAGGACUUGGUUGUCCUACAUAACUACAGUUCCCAGUUAAGUCAGUAUUCAGUAUUUAUAAAACUGUGACAAUGUACCUGUUAUUCACAGAUGAGCCAUGUAGCGUACUAGUAUUACAUUUUCUAUCUUGUACUUUUGUUUCUCUAAACUAAAUAAUUGCCUCUUGUUUGUUUUUCAUUUGCUUUGUUUUCUUUGUACCAGUCACUGACUCAUCCUCAAAUUCUGACAGAACUGAUAAUCUUUCAGCAUUUUCAGGUCAGCUCCAGGAAGGCAAGGACUUCCAUCUGUCCUGUUUACCACUCUGUCCUUUAGAGUAGCAACUGGAACGAGUACCUACUCAAUACAUGGGCAAAAAAAGGAAAAACAGACAUCUUUAACCUGGUUUGCCUAUUCUGAGCUUUCAUAUGAAAAGAAUCAGACAAUAUGCGGUCCCUUGUGAUUGACUUCGUCUUACCUAGCAUGACAUUUUCAAGGUCUAUGUUCUCUUUUAUAACAAAAAGUUCAUCCAUGAGCUCGGAUUUCCCACAUUACAACUUCAGGAUGCCUAAUAUUGGAUUCCAGAAUCUGCCUCUCAACAUAUAUAUUGUGGUUUUUGGCACUGCUAUAUUUGUCUUCAUCCUUAGUUUACUCUUCUGUUGCUAUUUGAUUAGGCUAAGACAUCAAGCACACAAAGAAUUCUAUGCCUACAAACAGGUUAUAUUAAAAGAGAAAGUAAAAGAACUGAAUUUACAUGAGCUCUGCGCGGUUUGUCUAGAAGACUUCAAGCCUCGAGAUGAGUUGGGCAUUUGUCCAUGUAAGCAUGCCUUCCACAGAAAGUGCCUUAUUAAGUGGCUGGAGGUUCGGAAGGUGUGUCCACUGUGCAACAUGCCAGUUCUGCAGCUGGCCCAGCUGCACAGUAAGCAGGACCGUGGACCCCCACAGGGACCCCUGCCCGGGGCAGAGAACAUUGUAUAGCUCCCCCAAGAAUCAAACUGCUGCGGGAUCCGACGCCCAUGUGGAGCCAGGAGGAACACAAGCGGUCUCUGUGUCAGCUGCUCUACCUGGGGCACCAGCUGCCACUUCCUUUGCCUCAUGAAGAACUCGGGCCAGCUCAGCUGGAAACCCAGACUUCUGGGUCUUGUGACAACCAAAGCACGCUGACACUACCCCAUGCCAAGAGGAGUGGAUGAUGGAUGAGCCUUCCGGUUAUGUUCAAGAAAUUUCAUGAGGGUCUCUUGCUGACGCCAUUACUCUGUCUCCCAGAUACUUAUCUCCAUGUCAAGGUGAAUCUUUAUCAAGCAGAAGGGAAGAUACACGAACUGUUAGAGAAGGGAACUGAGGGCAGGUCUUUAAAGCCACUCCCCCACACCCCGUGGACAGACAAGCUUCUAUGCAGACCGUGCAUGCCUUUGCAGCAGCAGACCCUCCCGGCAGCCCCUGAGCCAAGUAAAACCAGCGGUUACCUCAGCCGAAGCACGACUGGUUGCCAGUGAUUGGUGAGGCAGUGCCAACAAGGCUUUUCACAUUAUGUUCCUUUGAUAAAGUCAUCUUGGAACCCAAGGGCUUUGGUUACCACAGAGCAGCGGUGCCCCUCGCCACCCCUUCUCCCUCAAGUUCACGACACUUGCUAUCAAAUCAUCUAAAAACAUUAGAUGUGCUUGGAAAGGCCUGGUCAGAAGCCAUUUCCUCUCAUUUACCCCCUGACUUCCCAGUGAGGCCCGGCCAAGCUGCCCAUCAGGAGCCCCAGCUGGGGGUGGGCCUCUGAGCCCAUGCUGUCCCUGUGUGACCCAGGGGGCCUCAGGGUGCUGCCCACGCAGUGUGGUUCCAGCACAGCUGCUAGUCUCAGCCCACUUCCUUGGUAAGGAGCUGCUGUGAGCCCCCUCAGACGGCUCCCAAGGGGAGCUCCUUCCUGAGAAUGGCCAGUCCUCCCGGCCCUGCUGAGAUGAGAGGAUGCUGACCCCUUUGCCUCCCCCCUCCUUUCCUCUGUUCUCUUCCCUCUUACCCUGUUUCUACUUAAGAGAAAAUGCCUGUCAUUGACAUUUUAACAAUUUAAAGCAUCCCAAAUAAGAUCCUUAUGUAAUUCUGAAGCCGGGGAUCCACUUGAGAUUGUAAAUAGUGUCAGGAAGCUCCCACAGGCUGUUCACCCGCCUGCGUGUGCCGCGCUAUUCAGACUUGAGAUGAGUAAUUCAGAGUGUCUUUAUAGGAGAGAAAUGCAUGCUGCUCUUUAGCUUUCUGCCCAGCUUUUCUAGAAAUGACUCCAUCUAUUCAGAUUCAUGAAUACUGUACAAAUUAGCUAUCUGAAGUGGCUUUGGGUCAGAUAGAAAGUUCUUUUCCACAGCCCUCCUUUCCACCUCCUUCUGUCAUAGGGUGGACUUCUCGUCAACAGCUUUGCCUCUGCUCCAUUCCGCAGGUGUGAAUGGGACAGUUUCUCAUUGGAAAUGUGGUCUGCAUGGUAUGGAGAGCGGAUGGAGGAAGCUUUGCUACUCUGUUCACGGCAUGUCUCCAGGGAUUUUUUCUGGUAUCCAGCCUCUACCGUCUUAGAAUGGGAGAGGGAACCUGUCCUUGGCUCAGGUGGCUGGGCCCAGAGGAGGAGGAAAAUUCCCACUAGCCUAGGAAAGUGCUGGGCAGAAUCCAGCUUGGAAAAUUACAAAUCCAGUUGGUCAGAAUUGGCUGUUUCCUCUGUGUGACCUAUUCAUGGCACGCCAACUGGCUGCUGCUGAAACAGGGCAAGGAAGUGUGGGAUAUUUUUAUAUGAAAGCCUUAGCCUGUUGGGCAUCCUUGAAAAGAACUUUUCGUGCGUUCCUCCUUUCAUCGUUUCUGCGUUCUGUGUUGGUAGCACAAUGGAGUUGAAUACUGCAAGCACCCAGUUUACAGUGAAAGGUUUCCAGUGACCAAUGUCAGAAGUAAGCCUGCUUCUGGACUAGCCUCAUUAGUGGCCAGCACCCACCAUUUCCCAUGGAAUGGCUUUGGGGCAGAUCUCACCUUGUCAUUACGGGGUUCAAACAGGAAAGAAAACUUUUCCCCAGAGAGGAAGAUUUCUCGUGCUCUAAACUGCAAAUGAUUUCAGUUCACAGCUUCAGCAGGAUUAUAACUGGUCAGUUGCAGCCUUUUUCUGUCCCCGUGCGUCAGUAUGAGGAGACCGCCCACAAGUCCGUGUGUGUGUGUGUGUGUGUGUGUGUGUGUGUGUGUGUGUGUGUGUAGGGAGGUGGAGGAGUCCAUUUCCUGUAUCGCAGGAAGCGCAAGCUGACUUGGUUGGUGCGUCAUUCCGGCCAUUAGAGGAUAGCUCAGGAAUGCCGCGCUCUCCACCGGGCACCAGCCCCCAUGAGGUACCACCUCCGUGACCUCGGCACCUUGUGAAUGCAGAGGGCUUUUUCAAUGCAGUUCUUCCACCAGGAUGGGGCUGGGCGUGGAGUGGCUAAUGUUCCCUCUGCUCGCUCUCCUCUCCUUUCUUGGCUCUGUUGUCUCACUGCAGCAUGGCCAGCACCACACACAGCAAUGGCCACGACUCUUAGCAACACAGCCUGAAUGCACUUGCUCCCCACAUCUGGGUCCCCCUGCAGGGCUCUCUGCUGCACUGCCGAAACCGCAAGGCCAGCCCUUCACUUACAUCUUCCUUUAAUUCUGAUUAAAACACAGUCUUCUGUGGACAAGGUUAAAUCUCCAUCUCAACAUUUUUUUAAAGAAUGAGUUAAGGAUCCCCUAAUAUUCUUGGCACAGGCUUACACCUUAGAGUGAGGCUACCCUAGCCACAUCUGUCUUUCGUUGGUGAGUUGUUGGUGACCUUUUGUUAAUCUGUAGACACGUGGGGUCUUUGGUCUGUCUGCUCUUGGGCCACUGGCUGGUGACAUGGGGUUUUUUUACUUUCUCUUAAUGUGUCUUAAGCAGCUCAAAGAUUGGCUGUUACUUGUAUGCUGUGGGUUAAAAGAAAAUAACCCCAACUGAACUCCAUGGGCGGCUGCAUCAUUGUCUAGUUAUUGCUAGGGGAGCAGCUGAAUCCAGCUGGCUUUAGCAACAGGGAACAAAACUAGCCUGACUUGUUUCCUAAAGAGUAGGCAUAAGGUAUUGUCCUCUGUCACUUCUUUGCCACAGUGUGAUUUGGUUGGGCCUGACCCUAGCAGAUAAGGUCCUCGUAGUCUGCACCCACCAAGGCAGGGAGCAGGACAAGAUAGAAAUGGCCAGAUGGGAGCAGAUGGCCCACGGGAGGUCUGGGGUGAGGAAUACAGGGAACAUACCAUCAUUGCCAGAUAGCUUGUUCUUGAUAAUCGUCUUAACAAAUGAAGAUCCUUUUCCCCAGUGCCACGUCCCUUGGGCCCAUCAGAAUGAUUUGCCCCUUUCCACAGCCCCACUUCAAAGCCUGUCACCUCCAUGACCUGGUCCUGCUCUGCUAAGCUAUUCUGAACAACUCUAAUUAUCUGAAAGGCUGAGAAUUACAAAAUGAACAAGGGAGCCAUCCCUAGAGCUCUGGACAGAAAAAGUGCUCAGAGUGAUUUGAAAUCACCCCUUGCCAUUCACCAGCCACGUGUCUUUACGCAAGUUAGCCUUCAAGGCUGGUUUCCUUAUCCACCACCUAGGAAUCUUUGCUGGUUCUUGUGAGGACCAGCCACAUCCAAAGCCCGGCGGGCAGUAGGCCUGGGGCUGUGGAAGCUCCUGAUUACAGGCAGCUUCCUGACGCAGGUCACGUAGGGCUCCUCUGUAGUUCAGAUAGCAACAGAACCUCAGCAGGAACUUCCUGAGGGACAGGAGCUCCCCCUGGGGUCGGGUCUGCCCGGGUCCCUUCCUUUGCCUCUCCUGAUCUCCCCCAGUCACCUCCGUGUACCUUUCCCACAGUGCUCCCCGAGUGCCAUAGCGUAAGCUUCUGAGUAGGUAACCCCCUCACAUAGUUCACGAAUCAUUGUCUUCCUUGCAUCGUUGACCUGGCAAGCCCAACUUUAUUACCCCUUGAAUGCCCACUUUUAGUUUGUUCCAUGUAGAUCCUUCCAGUGGCCAUUUACACAUGCAGGUGAAUACACACAUGUGUAUGUAUACACGUGUGCUUGUGUGUGUACAUAAUUUUUCUUUUUUUUUUUUUUCACUUUGUGAUAC